GUGUCAUGGAGCGAGGAGCGGACGGAGAGGUUUAUCCCUGUUCCAGCUGAGCUAUGAGUGGCGAGCCUGAGCCAUGCACUCGGGGAACAGCACGGACACGACGAACGAGCCGGAGCCUGAGGCAGCGGAGCAGGAGGUGCCGGGCGAGCAGCCCCUCUUCAGCGCCGGUACAUACGAGCUGCUGGCUCUGCUCGUCGCUACUAUCGGCAUGCUAGGCUUGUGCAACAACUUGCUGGUGCUGGUACUCUAUUUCAAGUUCAAGCGACUCCGCACGCCCACCAACCUUUUCCUCAUCAACAUCAGCCUCAGCGACUUGCUGGUGUCCGUCUGCGGCGUGAGCUUUACCUUCAUGUCCUGCCUGAGGAGCCGCUGGGUGUGGGACGCUGCUGGCUGCGUCUGGGACGGCUUCAGCAACAGCCUGUUCGGAAUUGUUUCAAUUAUGACUCUUACUGUCCUUGCCUAUGAACGCUACAUUCGAGUAGUCCAUGCAAAAGUGAUUGACUUCUCUUGGUCUUGGCGUGCUAUCACAUACAUCUGGAUCUACUCAUUAGCCUGGACUGGAGCACCUCUUUUGGGCUGGAACAGAUAUACACUGGAAAUUCAUGGACUAGGUUGCUCAGUGGACUGGAAGUCGAAAGACCCCAAUGAUACCUCCUUUGUGCUCCUAUUUUUCCUUGGCUGUCUAGUAGCUCCUGUUGGGAUCAUUGCCUAUUGUUAUGGCCAUAUUCUAUAUGCAGUAAGAAUGCUUCACUGUGUGCAAAACUUCCAGACUGUUCAAGUGGUCAGACUUCUGAAAAAUGAACAAAAGGUGGCUAAAAUGUGUUUCUUAAUGAUCUCCAUGUUCCUUAUUUGUUGGAUGCCCUAUGCAGUGAUAUCCCUCCUAGUAACAUAUGGCUAUAGCAACCUUGUAACUCCAACAGUAGCUAUCAUCCCAUCUUUCUUUGCCAAGUCAAGCUCUGCUUAUAAUCCAGUCAUCUAUAUCUUCAUGAGUAGAAAUUUUCGACAGUGCCUUUUGCAACUUCUCUGCUUUCGCCUGAUGAGAUACCAGAGGACCAUGAAAGAGACACCAGCAACAGGGAGUGACAGGCCAAUACGACCUAUAGUUACAUCUCAGAAAGCAGGGGGCAGGCCAAAGAAGAAAGUGACUUUCAGCUCUUCUGUCAUUUUUAUUAUUGCUAGUGAUGACACUCAGCAAAUAGAUGACAACGAUACACACAGCAGGACUAAAGUAAAUGUUAUCCAAGUAAAGCCACUAUAGUGAUGAGCUAAAGAGAAGUGAGAAUACAAUGAACUUCAGCCAGUAGACAUAUGUUGGAGACUGGUUUUGGUGGCAGUGUCUGUGGGUUGCCAAAGGAAACUGCAUUCUUAACCUGUGAAAUACUGAAGGGAUUCUGUCUCUGAAGCUCUGCUGGCAGUUUGGUUUUGGUGACAGUACUGAAAUCUCUGCAUCUAUGCCAAAAUCAAUGGUGGAUGAUUUUACUCUGAGAUUUCUUCAAGCAUAUUGUAGGCUUGCUGUUCGGGGAAACUUGACCAGGCUGGAGGAAUAUACUGACAGAAAUGUUAUAAAGUUCAGCAAGGGUAUGUUCAAAGUUCUGUACUUGGGAAGGAAGAGCAGUGCUGCAGCACAGCAGGUUGGGUCCUGACUGCCUGGCUUGCAUCUCUGUGGAGUCUUGUUGCUUAGUGAGCAGGAUGUGAGCCUGUACUGUGUCCUGGCAGCAAGGAAGGGCACCAGCAUCCCAGGCUAUAUUGACAGGGUUGGAGCCAGCAAUCUGGAAUGAUUAUGCUCUUGAUUUAGUUCUCAUUAGACUACAUGUAGACACUGUAUCCAAUUUUGAAACCUCAAUGCAGGAAAGAAAUCUGUAAAUGGGAUGAGUUCAGUAGAGUCUCCAAAGAUUGUCAGGAGCUGUGGUAUUUGGCCUGUAACUGGAGACUGGAGUUGCUGCAUUUGGCUAGCCUGGAGAUUAAAUAUCUUCAUGGGAACCUGACAGCAGCCUUCCCAUGGAGAUGGGGAGAUUCUUAACAAGAUGGAUCCAGGCUUUUCAGGACAAUUUAUAGUGGAAGGAUCACAGAUAAGAAGCAUGAACUGAAACAAGCCUUGGAUGGGAUAUUAGGUGAAGGUUUUUCACCUCAAGGGCAGCUAAGUAGUGGAACAAGUCAGACUAGAGAUUUCCUGAGAUUCUUUCUAACUUCCAUUAUCCUGUGACCCGUGAACCGACAGUGUUCCAAGCACAGAGUUCUCAGGGAUGGAGGAACAUUUGAAACUGACUGAAUUAGUACUUUGCAGGGUCAGUCAUGAAAAAAGUCAUGUCAGCAAUGACUGGGGUUCUGUUUGAAACAGAAGCCCCUAGAGUGCUGUCCCUAUGUGCUCAGCAAGUCAUUCUCUCAGUGCUACCUGGUAGGACCUCUGAGUUACAUAGUGAGGAAAUCAUGCAAACCAGAGCAGCAAUGAAAAAGGGUGAGUGCAAAGGGAGAUUUGGAUGUUUGUGUUGGACCUUUUGGGUUUAUGAUACCUGCUUUAUGUAUCUUUAUCUUGCAUCCAUUUGUUCUGUACAUGGACCAGGAGCAUCAUCCUAUGUUAAUCCUGAACCUGCUCUGGCACUUUGAAAAUAAUGUUUAGAGGAGAGCAGAGUCAUUUUUUCCUAAGUUGCAGCAUAAGUGGUAGAGCUAAGUAAAAGAAUAGAUAGAGAGACAGAGAUUAAAAAAAAACCCAACAUUAUUUUCCUCCUCUCAUCUUUGUAAGUGUUGAUGAUGCAAAACAGUCAUGAGAUUCUGCUGCAGACAUGCCUUCCUGUCAGUAUUGGGUGAAUAGCUUAGAACUAGUUUUGAGUUACACUGCCUGAUUCUCUACCACAUCCAUUGCACCAGUGUAAUUUCUGCCUCAGUCUGCUAAAAGGGCAGUGUGGAUCUCUGACCUGCAGCUUUUCCCUAUGUGUGAAAGCUGUAAGAAAAGCAGUUAUGAAACCACUUGUUUCCUCUAGGGACAAAUCUUCGGAGAGGUAUAAAAGGAAUAUGCUGCAUACGUGCUGGCAUUGUAGCCUUUGAUCCUGCCAUCAGGAAUAAAACUUCAUAAAUAAAUAAAAUCAGGGUGUAAAUAUAGAAGCUUAAAGAACAACCUCAGCUCAGAACAAGAGACCAACUUUGAGCUUGUGCCUGUUCUUUCUAUGCACACCCCUCUAGAGCUUCAGCACUGGUGAAUUGGCUCUGUCAUGUUUCAGCGAGCAUCUGGAGUCCACUCAGGUUUCUGGAUUAAAUCAGAUAAUCUGAGUGAAAACAGAUGAUAAAUACUUGUCUUUGUUUCUUUUGUCUUUGUGAUUUUUGUUUUGCUAUUAAUAAAUUGUUUCACCAUGUCAGAGAUCUGUCCUUGCUCAAGCAUGUUCGUUGCAAUGUUGAGAGCUAAGCUUUCAGCCAGUGAUCACUACAUCUAUGCUUGUUUAAUGCUUAGGAAGGGAGAAAGAUUUAUAUUAGCAUUCCAUGUAAUAGUUCCAUUCUUUUAACAAAACGUUUGGCAUUUUAGUGUUUUCUGUGUAUUGGGCUUUCAAUGAGUGAUUAAAUGCACUUUAUUUAUAUCUA